GUUCUUGUUUUCAAUAAUAUAAUUCACCACUUUUCCCUCUCCACAUUCAUUCUCCUUUUUCUCUCUCUACAAUUCCAAACAGAGAGACCAGAAUUAUUGCCGUUCGUCGCCGAUGCCUAAUUCCGGGAAUUUGUUGCCGUUGUUUUUCGCUUUACUGUUCUUAACGGCGGUGGUUUUCUCGUCGGAGAUCGGCGGAGAGGAAUUGGACGACAGAGAUUCACGGCGACGAGAGGCCGACGAAGUCAUCGACUUGCCGGACCAGCCCCCGGUCGAGUUCCGGCAUUACGCCGGCUAUAUCAAACUCCGGCCGAGCGAAGAGAAGGCUCUGUUUUACUGGUUCUUUGAGGCUCAAAACGACGUCGCUCUUAAGCCCCUUGUUCUCUGGCUCAAUGGAGGACCGGGUUGUUCCUCCAUAGCUUAUGGAGCUGCCCAAGAACUCGGCCCUUUCCUUGUUCAGAGUAAUGGGAAGCUAAAACUCAACCCGUUUUCUUGGAAUAAAGCCGCAAAUAUGUUAUUUUUGGAGGCACCAGUGGGAGUGGGAUUCUCUUAUACCAAUAAAUCAUCAGAUUUGUAUAAGCUCGGUGAUAAAGUCACAGCUGAAGAUUCUUAUACCUUUCUUAUUAGCUGGUUUAAAAGGUUCCCGAGUUUCAAACUUCAUGAUUUCUAUAUAGCUGGAGAGAGCUACGCUGGACAUUAUGCUCCCCAACUUGCUGAGCUGAUUCAUGAGAGAAACAAAAAUUCUAGCAAAGACUUGAUUAUCAACCUCAAGGGCAUAAUGAUUGGAAAUGCAACCAUUAACGAUGAAACAGACAUUAUAGGAAUGGUGGAAUAUGCAUGGAGCCAUGCCAUAAUAUCAGAUCAACUCCAUGCCAACAUCUUCAAAGAAUGCAAUUUCUCGGUCGAUAUUGAAAACCUACCACUUUCUUGUCUCAAUCACUAUAGAGAUUUUUUUGUUUCUUACUCCAAAAUUGAUAUCUAUAACAUUUACGCUCCUACCUGCCUCUCCUCUUCUUUGGACUCGGUCUUUCGACUCAUCGGUACUACUCCUCAAACCUUCUCAAAACACAUGUUAUGGAGUAAGGUACCAAGAGGGUACGAUCCAUGUAGUGCAAAUUAUGCAAAAAAGUAUUUCAACAGAGAGGAUGUUCAAAGGGCUCUCCAUGCUAAUGUUACCAAACUUUCUUAUCCUUAUACCCUGUGCAGCAAUGUGAUCAAAGAUUGGAUUGAUUCUCCUAAUUCUGUCUUGCCCAUCAUUCACAAGUUACUUCAAGCACGAUAUCGCAUUUGGAUUUACAGCGGUGAUACGGAUGGAAGGAUACCGAUAACGUCAACUAGAUAUAGUAUAAAGAGAAUGAAUUUAAAGGUCGAAGAAGAAUGGAGAGCAUGGCUUGAAAGGCGUCAAGUAGCUGGUUGGGUUGAAACCUACCAAGAAGGCCUCACCUUGGCUACCAUUAGAGGGGCAGGCCACCAAACCCCCGUCUUUGCUCCUCGACAGUCGCUCGCUCUAUUCAUUUACUUUCUCUCGGGCAACCGUUUGCCCGUAGCUUCCAAAAUUAUUUAAACUUUCGAUUUUAAGAGAGGUAAUGCAUGUCAAUCAUUUGUAUGAUACCUAUUUUUAGCCAACGCUUUUCCAUUUAUGUAGAAUAUUUUUGGACUAAAUAUAUUUUACGUCCCUAA